AUGAAUAAAACAACAAUUUUGUAUGGAGCCGUGCUGCUCGUAGUGUAUUUCACCUUGGUGUUUUGCGAGGAAUCUUCGGACAAUGUGAGCACUCAAUUAGUGAAUACCAACUCGGAUAUGAACGCGGAUGAGCUACUAAAUGCUGGCCGGGAUUUAUUGGAGUUCGAGGGACGCACACGUCGUCAUCGUCACAGACUAUGGUAUCGUCAUUUGUGGCCCUUGGCUAUUGCCUAUUGGAUUAAGGUUAAGCUGGUCAUCGUAUCCUUCUUUGUGGGCAGCGCCAUUUACUUGGGCUUGCGCUACUUCUGGCCACAUGCCAAGUGCAAUCAAGAGAUCAUUCUUGAUCAUCCUCCACCAUCGUUCAGUCAACACGAUCACAUACCUUAUUCCUUGGAUCCUCAUAUUCAUGAGCAUGAGCAUGAACAUUAUGAUUCACCCGGCUCCUUUGAUACCAGUGGCAGCUCCUUUGAUCCUUACUCCGGCUACUCCAGCUAUGCUAGCUCAGAUAUUGUGUCCGAUGUGUCUAGCACAGGUCCUGGCACAGGUCCACCAAACACUUUGCGUCGCGGCAAGCGCAGCGUGGAAAACGAAGAGGAAGUCGAUGAAGCUACUGUAGAUGAAGUAGAGCUGGUUGAUGAAGAGAUUACGGAAAGCGUAGCACGCCAGCAGCCCGCUGAAGAGCAGAUUGCUGACUUUUUGUUUGCCUUUUUGGGUCUGGACUCCAAGGCGUGCCGUCGCCGUUUUGUUUGCGAAAUGGAGUUCCGCUCCAAGCUGAAUCCAUUGAGUAGCAUGGCCUUCCGCAUUGUGGGCCGUGGCUUCUUUGAAAAGUAUACAAAUGCAAAUAAUCCAAAUGGCAGAGCUACAAACUUCUUUGAAUGCGCUACUGCAAAUCCCGAGUGUGUGUUUGUGGAAAAUGCUGAGCCCGAAUCCGCUGAGCCAAGUGCCACAGAAGUCACUGAAGCUGUGACAUCCGAGCCUGAGGCACAAAACGAGUUGAACUUGCAGGCGGAGCGUCGACAUGCCAAGAUCAAGCAUCGUCGUGGCGAUCGCAUGCUGCUCCCUAUAGCUGAGCGCAUAUUGACGCAAUAA